GAAAGCUCAGGAAAAUCAAUGUCCGAAGCGAAAAGCGAGCGAUGUGGUUAAAAGUUCAACCCAUUGAAAUUUUCGCCGUUUCAAGACGGGAGUGACAGCAACCGACACAGUAUUGACACUCUUGCAUGCUGAAAACUUUCAACCAUUCGGGCGCUAGUAUUAAAUUGAAUAAUUCAUUGAACUAAUAGCAAGUAAUUUUCCUUCUGUCAAUAGCUCCCUGUUUCAGUUAAUGGCCAUUACUGUAAUUGAAAUUGCCCUCUCCGUAUAGAAAUUUUAAUUAACUUUUUCAUUUCGCACACACAUUUUUAUAACACAUCUUACACUUAAACACGGAGCAGCUUUAAUCAUGCAGAGUUGAAAUUUUUGUUCUAAAAUGUUCGACUUUUUCGAAAGGUAAAGUUAUUUAAAUGUUUCCAUGAAAGGAUUUUUUAAAUUUGUUAAUGAACGACUAGAACUUCACCAGAAACAAACGCCACUAUCAGUGACAGAUGGCUAUCUUUUUAGAAUUUUCUAUGCUUUGGAAAUGUUUAGCAAAUUUGAAUAAGUACAAGUUGACGUACACGUAUGACUGAGGUAAAUACCUCAGGCACUCAUUAUAGCAACGAAAGGUCAACCGUUCAAUUCGUAUUUCUGUGUAGCAAGGAGCUAGAAAAGGUUUUCAUCUGGGUUUGGAUUUACAAGUUUACAAAUUUUAGUUUGAACCAAAGGCAAAAGUUGACACAUUUUGGUUACGCAGAUCUUUCAGGCUGGACAAAAAAAUUGUCGGAUACGUAAAAUGAAAAAGGUUUUUAAAAUAGCAGUCGUUGCGAUAAGAUCAAUCGUCAGCUACAAGUUUAUCAGUGUCAAAAAAAUUAACGCCAUCAAGAAAUAUGGAAAUCUAACUUGGACUAACAAGACAGUUUAAUCAAGGAUAAACACAACAAUUCAUGCUACCAGAAAUACAUCUUCACAAAGAUGAACCUCUACAAUAUUAGCACCAACCGAACUGUCAGUGAUGAACAAAUGGACAGUCGGCUGCAUACAAACAAGACUCUUGGAAAUAUCGUCAUCAUAAACUGCGUUGUAAAUGCCCCUUUGCUGCUUACGUCCAUUCUUGGAAACUGUUUGGUAUUCAUCGCCAUCUGGAGAACUGUGUCCCUUCGAUCUCCCUCCAUGAUGUUUAUCUGUAGUCUUGCUGUCUCCGACCUCCUUGUGGGUUUGAUAGUGCAGCCUCUGUACAUUGCAAAUUUGCUAAUAACAGUUCGUCUUUUGAAAAUUCUGUCGUCCAUGACGGCCUUCGCUGCUUGCGGUGUUUCCCUCGGUACAAUGGCCGCUAUAAGCUUUGAUCGAUAUCUAGCCCUUCAUUAUCACAUGCGAUACACGGCCAUAAUAACGUCAUCCCGUGCAAUAUCUGCAUUAAUUGCUACAUGGGUGACCACGUUUCUUUUAUCUUGCGUUAUAUUCUGGAAUCCUUUAACUUUCGUGGCUAUAAUAGCCAUCUUAAUCAGCGUUUAUCUUAUCAUUUCAGCUUAUUUUUACAGCAAAAUUUUCCAGAUUGUUCGCCGACAUCAACUACAGAUUCGCCAUCAAGAAUGCAGCCCAGAGACCCCAAAUGCACUUGGGUUGAAUCAGAAGCGCUUGCAUAAGAGCGCUUUUAACACGUUUGUGUUUUACAUCUCUACAAUUCUCUGUUAUCUUCCAAGGUUUAUUUCUGUACCUUUCAGUGCAAGUGAUCCCUACAUACACCACGAAACAGCUUGGAUCUUUGCAGAUACUUUGAUAUUCCUGAGCUCAAGCAUAAACCCAGCUUUGUACUGCUGGCGUCUUCGAGACUUGCGAGCUGCUGUGGUAAACACCCUUAGAGCAAUGAUCUACAGACAAACAGACGAACACUGACUCUUGACCAUUAAAAAUCUCUCAGUUUUUCCCGUUCUUCAGAACCCUAAGGUUCUCUGAAAAAGCCGUCAUCUUAAAUAAAUGAAUAGUUCAGUAGGCCAGGGAAGCUUUUUUAAUUCAAACAGGCAGAAAAAUUGAUCCCUAUGGUCGGAACAUCUGCGAAGAAACAUAUUAAUUUUUUCCUUUUAUUAUAUUAUUUUAUUAUUUUAUUUUA